AUGGGGCCGCGUCUCGCCGCCGCGGCGCUGCUGCUGGCCGCCGCCGCCGACGGCGCGUCGCUGGCCGUCGUCGGCGCGACGAACGGCACGCUCGCCGUCUGCGCCUACGACCGCCUGCGCUUCGCCUGGACGGUGAGCGGCGCCGAGGCCGCGGCGCACUCCGACGUCUGGGUGGGCCUCUUCGGCGCGCCGACCGCCGUGGGCGCGCCCGGCGCCGGCGCGCUCGCGCGCGUCGACGCCGACGCGGCCCUGGACCUGCGCGGCGACGGCGACCUGCCGCGGGAGCUCCACGACGAGGCCGGCGGGCCCGCGGUCGCGGCGCGCGUCGUCGCGAUGCGGUGGCUGCCCGAGGACUGGACCAUGGCCCUCGAGUUCGACGCGCCGACGAACGCGCCGCCCGUCGCCGACGUCGCCGCCUUCGAGCGGCUCGUGCGCACGAACGUCGCGCUGCGGGCCGCGAGCUUCCGCUGGGACGACGGCGGCCGGACGUUGGUCGCCCGCGUCAACGCGCCGGGCGACGCGGAGGCCAUCGCGGCGCGCUUCGAGGACCGGUCCUUCGAGGCGGCGGCGGCGCCCUGGCCGCCGCCGCGAAAACCGCCGGCGACCGUCGAGGGCGAGGCGCGGCUGCGCCUCGCCGUCGCCGGCGAGUACACCGCGGCGCUCGUCGUCGGCGACGCCGUCGCCGCCGUCGCGGCGGCCACUGUCACCGUCGAGGCCUGCGCCGACGCCGUCGUCGUCGACGUGGACCGCGCCGCCGCCGCGGAGGCGCUCGCGCCGCCCGCGCCGCCCCUCGCGCCCUGGUGGGACGCGCGCGGCGUCUUCGCGACCGCGGGCGACAACGCGCUGAAGAUCCCCGCGGAGGAGCUGCCGCUGCUCGGCCGCGGCGACUUCAGCCUCGCGUUCUGGAUCUACGUCGCCGAGGAGCCGUCGGGCGCGCACCGGGGCGUCUUCUUCAAGGGCGACGUGGGCCGGCUCGGCGGCGCGCGGACGCCCAGCGCGUGGCUCCUGCCGGACUCGAACCGCCUCGCGCUCCGCGUGUCGACGCACGCGGGCGGCGACGACGUCGGCGCCGACACGGAGCUGCCCCUGCCGACCUACGCCUGGACCCACGUCGUCUUCUCUUUCGCGAACCGGACGGCGAAUCCCGAGCCGCGCGCGGACGGCCGCCUCGCCAGGUUCGUCUUCGGCUUCUACGUCGACGGCAGGCGCGACUCGACGCUCGACUUCUACGACGACGUCGCCUGGAACGACGGCGCCCUCCACCUCGGCCGCGACCCGGACCGGCGGGGGUUCCGCGGCGCGUUCGCCGACGCGGCCGCGUUCCCCUUCGCGGCGGAUCCGGCGGCGGCCGCGGCGCUCCACGCGGCGGCGCUGGCGACCUUCCCGCCGGAGGCGCGCGACGUCGAGCACCUGGCGCCGACGGCCUUCGCGCCGCCAAAAGCCGCGGAGGAUCCGCCGGGACGGGGCCCGGACGCGUUGUCCGUCGACGCGGCGGUCGAAAACGACGGCGCGUGGGACGACGCGGUCCGCGCGACGGAGGCCUGCGCGCCGCGCGCGGCGCGCGUCGCGCUCUACGAGGCCGCCGCGGCCGGGCGCCACGCCGCCGCCGCGAGCCGCACGGCCGCGGAGCUGUUGCUCUACGGCGCGGAGCGACGCGCGACGGGGCCCGCGCGGUGCGCGCGCGAAACCGGCGCCGCGGACGCGCCCCGCGCGGCGGCGCACCUGCGGCGCGCGGCGGCGCUCCGCGACGCCGCGGCGACGCGCAUGCUCGCCGUGCUCCACCUCGCGGGCCUCGCCGACGCCGCGCCCGCGGCGCGCGCGCUCCCCGCGCCCGGCGCCGUCGCCGCGCCCGCGGAGCCCAUCGUCGCCUGCGCCGUCGGCGCCGCCGUCGCGGGGCGGUCCUGCGACGACCGCGCGACGUCCGCGGGCCUGCGCCUCCUCCUCGCGGCGGCGCUCUUAGGCGACGCGCGCGCGGCGAUGGCGCUGUCCAAGCGCUACCGCGAGGGCCGCGGCGUCGCCAAGUCCGUCGAGGCCGCCGCGUGGUACGCGCGCGCCGCGGCGGUCGCGGGCCGCGACGAGUACCACACCGUCGGCGAGCAGACCCACGUCGAGCUCGACCGCCUCAGCGACGAGCGCUUCGACGACGGCUCCUUCGACGACGGCCAGCGCGGCGACGACGACGCGGCGAUCCAGGCGCAGAUGCUCCGCGCCGAGGCCGGCGACGUCGACGCCCUCGUGGCGUCGGGCGACCUGCUCUACUGGGGCGCGCGCGGCGUCGCGCGGGACCAGGCCCGCGCGCGCCGCUUCUUCGGCCGCGCCGCGGACUCGGGCCACGCGCACGCGAGGUGCCUCUACGCGGCCAUGCUCCUGCGGGGCGAGGGCGGGCCGCCGGACCACGCGGCGGCCGUCGCCCACUACGAGGCCGCGGCGGCCGCGGGGAGCGCGAAGGCCCUGAACGGCCUCGGCUACGAGUACUUUUACGGCCACACGCUGGACCAGAACGCGACCAAGGCCUUUGGCUACUUUUCCGAGGCGGCGCGCCUCGACGCCGACGGCGACUCGAACUUCAACGCCGCGCACUGCCUCGCCACGGGCACGGGCGUCGCGCGCGACGGCCGCGAGGCCGCGGUCUUGUACGAGCGCGCGGCGACGCGCCACGGCCACUUCGACGCGGCCUUCGAGCUCGCCCUCGUCAAGUACGAGGGCCGCGGCGGCGUAGCGCGGGACCCGGCGCGGGCCCUCGACUUCUUCGACGCGUGCGCGCGCGCGGGCUGGGCCGCGCGCGACGUCCGCGCGGGCUUCGACGCGUUCCUGGCGGGCGACGGCGCCGCGGCGCUGCUCUGGUACGCCGAGGCCGCCGAGGUGGGCUUUGAGGUCGCCGCGGCGAACGCGGCCUGGCUCCUGGACCGCGACGGUGCCGCGCGCGCGGUUCUCGGCGCCGCGGGCCCCGCGGGCCACGCGGCGCACGCGGCGCUCCGCUACCACCGCCUGAGCGCGUCCGAGCACGGCGGCGGCGACAGCGCCGCGGCGCUCGGCGACGCCGUGCGCGACGGCGCGCUCGUCGUCGCCGCGGGCGGCGCGGGCGUCGCGGGUUCGGAUGUCGCGGACCUGCUCGCGACGCGCCACGCGCGCGCGCUCACGUGGUACUCGCGCGCGGCGACCGCGGGGUCGCCGCGGGGCGCCUUCGCCAUGGCGGAGAUGCACGCGCGCGGCGCGCCGGGCGUGCCGCGGAACCGCGACCGCGCGCGGCGCCUCUUCGAGACCGCGCGCGCCCGCGACGAGGACCGCAUGCGCGCGCCCGUCUUCCUCGCGCUCGCGCUGCUGCGGCUCGACGAGUGGCGCGAGCGGCUCGAGGACAUCGUCGGCUUCGACGUCAUCGCUGCGCUCCCGGGCGCGCGCGGCUGCGCCGGGGCCGCGGUCGCGGCCGCGGCCGCGGCGGUCGCGGCCGCGGCGGCUUUCGUCCAGGCGCUGCUCUUCGUCACAUCGCCCUUGGCGCGAACGGAGAGGGGGUUGUGGUGGAGCUCGAUCUCGCUGCUCUUCCUCGGCUCGUCCCGGCGCGCCCCGGGCCAGGGCACGAAGGCGAAGAAGUCCGCGCCCUCGCGGCUCGCCGAGUCCCCGCUCGUCUCCGUCGCCGACCGCAGCGCAUCGCGGCGCCGGUACGCGGCCAUGGCGAGCUCGACGAUCGUCGCGACCAUGGUCAGGAUCGCCUUCGAGCGCUUCUUCGACGCGCCGAGCCGCACGCCGCCGUACUCGCCGGCGAAGAUCGGGGGGUCUUCCUCGACGCUCGGCCGGGGCGUCGGCGGGUGGAUGUGGAGCAGGAGGGGCGCGCGCGUCGGCGCGCGCGUCGGCGCGACGCUCGGCGCGGGCGUCGCGUCCUCGGCGCACGAGGAGCACGUCGACACCAGGGUCGCGGGCGCGCACGACGCGGCCAGGCGGCAGUCGUAG